CGCCCAUACGUGUAUUUCUUUAGUCGGCGGGCGUUCUCAUCCUCGAAUCGUCAAAUCAUAUCACAACUCUUUUUCGUCUUUCCCUCUCAUUCUUUAACUUCCGUUAAAAUUCCACAAACCACCCUCUUCGAAACAAGAAAAGAAGUAACAAGUCCAGAACCAGAACCAGAACCGUUACCGUUUAUACUACCAGACUACUCUUCCGUGGAAUUUCAAACUUCAAAGCUCAGAAGUCAGAACACCAACACAAACACACAUACACACACUAUUCAAAAAGUUAAUAUCCCUUUUUCUUUUCCCUCUCUAUAAAUAUCCCUUCUUUCGAAUCUGCCACGCUUGUUCUUAUUCCCCAUGUUACCAUUUGUCUCCUAUAAACCAUAGUCACGCAAAUUUAAGAAUAUAUAUACUGAUAUUUAUUUAUUGCUAUAAUGAAUGGGAAUGGAAAUUGAAAUUCAGCAAAGUUGAGCUUCCCACGCGUUUUCUGCUCUAACCCACCGAACACAGUCCAAAUCUUUUCAAUGGUGGGCGUUGAAUGUAGCUAGUCUCUGAAUUAUUUCUUGCCCAGUCAUUUUACUUGAGGUUUAUCUGCUGAUUUUGAAAGGUUACAGUUACAAUUCCAAAGCAAAUAUUAAGUAGAAGCUUACCAAGAUUGCAGUUUUUUUAUUUCCUAGAGGUUGGUAGAUAUAGCGAAGGUUAUGCCGUCGUUAUAGCAUGGAUUCAUCACAUCUUCUCGGUUUCAGUGUGACUAAUUCUAGCUUACUCAGCAAAUCAUCUUUUCCAACUACACCUCCGUUAUCCCACCUGCUACUUGGACCUUUGAAUGAAGUAGUAAACUCACCUAAUUUGGCUCUUUCUACUCACUUCAACUCUGAUACUGAUUCUGCAUUGAAUGAUAGUCAGCAGUUAGUUGAAGUUACGCGUGCAGAGAAACGUCACAAAUCAAUGGAGGAAGCGUCGCUACAAAGCAUUCCGUCGAGCACUUUGAAACAAUUGCUCAUUUUAUGCGCCAAAGCAAUGUCUGAAAACAACAUGAAAGAUUUUGAUCAAUUGAUAGACAAGGCUAGAAGUGCUGUGUCUAUCAGCGGGGAGCCAAUUCAGCGGCUCGGUGCUUAUUUAGUGGAAGGGCUUGUUGCAAGGAAGGAGAAAUCGGGUAACAACAUCUAUCAUGCUCUUAGGUGCAAGCAGCCUGCAGGUACAGAGUUACUAUCAUACAUGCAGAUGUUAUAUGAAAUUUGUCCAUACUUCAAGUUUGGUUACAUGGCUGCCAAUGGAGCUAUUGCUGAAGCAUGCCGAAAUGAGGACCGAAUUCACAUAAUAGAUUUUCAGAUUGCACAGGGAACUCAAUGGACGACUCUCCUUCAAGCUCUUGCAGCAAGGCCUAGUGGGGCUCCACAUGUGCGGAUCACCGGGAUUGAUGAUCCUGUUUCUAAAUAUGCUCGAGGAGAAGAAUUGGAGGCAGUUGGCGAAAGUUUGUCGAAAAUAUCUAAGAAAUUUGACAUUGAGGUUGAGUUUCAUGGAAUUCCUGUCUUUGCCCCAGAUGUAACCAGGGAUAUGCUUGAUGUCCGGCCUGGAGAGGCCUUGGUCGUUAACUUUCCUCUUCAACUCCAUCAUACGGCCGAUGAGAGUGUCGAUGUGACUAAUCCAAGGGACGGACUUCUGAGAUUGGUUAAGUCUCUUUCUCCUAAGGUAACCACAUUGGUGGAGCAGGAAUCGAACACAAACACGACGCAUUUCUUCAACAGGUUCAUAGAAACACUUGAUUACUACUUGGCCAUGUUCGAGUCCAUCAAUGUUGCUCUCCCAAGAACGAGCAAGGAGCGGAUCAACGUGGAACAACAUUGUUUAGCUCGAGAUAUCGUGAACAUUGUUUCUUGUGAAGGGAAGGAAAGGGUGGAGCGGCAUGAACUGUUUGGUAAGUGGAGGUCUAGGUUCACAAUGGCAGGUUUUGUGCAAUAUCCUUUGAGCUCUUAUGUGAAUUCCAUUAUAAGAAACCUCUUGAAUCGCUAUUCUGAGAAUUAUAGUCUAGUGGAGAAGGAUGGAGCCAUGCUGUUGGCAUGGAAGAACAGAAAUUUGAUAUCAGCUUCAGCCUGGUAUUAAUAGACAUCCAGAUAGAAAAUAAUGUAGUGGUAGAAAAAUCAUGGUGAUAGUGAUAGGAUAGUAAAACGCAUAAGGCUUGAGGUUAUUAUUGCUGACCAAGGUUUGUGUAGAUUUACACUUCCAUAUGCUCUUCUCAGUGUUUCAUACGUUAUUUGUUAGAUUUGUGUAUUCUUAUUUUCUAGUCAUGCAGUAUACUAAUUCUCUUGUAACAUGUUUUAGCAUGCGUGUAUAGUUUUUGGUCUACGAAUGUUAAGCUUGUGUCUGAACUUUGGUCCUUGGCUUCUUGUGCAAUUUAUACGAACUCAGAAAUUUUGAACUCCCUCAA